CCACAGUACCGAGUGGAACGCCGUCGACGCUGAGCCGCGUCUGCCCGUGGCCCGUGCGUCGUCGUCGUCGUACUCCGUCACCGUACGCGCGCGACACGUUACAUUUGUCCGCCGCGAGAUAACGAGAUAAUACUGCGCGCGUACACACACGCACACACACACACACACACACACACGCCCACACAUAUAUCGGCGUGAUAACUGCCGUCGGUGGUGGUGGCGGUGGUGGUGCAGUAUAUACGCGGAAACGGCACCGUCGUUGCCGUCGCGGUGCACUACGUAGCGCCGCGCGAAGGUACACGCACACUGUAUAAUAUACAUCACGCACACACGCGCCCGCGCGCGCCGCUCGGCUACGCGGUACACACAUUUCGUGCGUCGCGUUUCUCGGUCUACACAGUACGAUCGUUGCAGUCAGUCGUCGUCCGACGUGUGUGCGGCGCGCUUCGUCCGAAACGAUAUUAUUUGUAAUAUUCCUGUAUGAUUAUAAUAUCAUAUAUUUUUUUUUCAAAGAAUAUAUUAUCAAUAUAAUUGACGAGACACGUAAUAAUAUAUUAUAUUCAACGUAUAAUAUAUCAUACGUAUAUUUAUACCGUACGUUUUUUUUCGUCGCGACACACCAACAUGGCAAACUGAACGCACCGGCGGUUUCGUUGUCCCCCGUGUCGUGUACCGGUCCCGCCGCCAGGAAUCUCGGCCGAAAUAAUAUUAUUAUGAUCGUGUGGUGAACGGCGGCUCGCGUGUGUUGCUGUUGUCGUCGUUGCUGUUGUUGUUGCUGUCGUCAAACGACGUUCGACGAAAACGCGGCCGGACGACAUGAAGAAGUUCACGUUCAAAGGCGUUUUGGACGGUAUACGGUCCUCCGUGGCGCCGCAGAUCAAACCCGAUCAGGAAAUCGUCGAGACGCUCCGGCCCGACUACUUCCAGGUGGCCAAGACGUUUCGUCAUGGUUUUCCGUACCAGCCGACUGCUCUUGCGUUUGACCCCAUACAACGGUUGUUGGCCAUUGGCACCAAAAAUGGAUCUUUACGAAUAAUUGGAAGGCCUGGAGUGGAUGCACAGGUUCGACACGAAUUAGAGGCGGCCGUCGUUCAGGUGGAGUUUCUGAUGAACGAAGGAGCGUUGAUCACGGUAACCGCCGACGAUAGUUUACACCUAUGGAAUUUCAGACAAAAAAGAGCUGACGUUGUCCACAGCUUAAAAUUUCAACGAGAAAGAAUUACAGUUAUACACCUUCCACUCCGUAGCAAGUGGCUGUACGUGGGUUCGGAAAGAGGUAAUGUACAUUUCGUCAACGUCGAGACGUUUACCCUUUCCGGCUACAUAAUAAACUGGAAUAAAGCCAUCGAAGUGACCAGACCCACCCAUCCAGGACCCAUCGUGCACCUGAGCGAUAAUCCUGCAGAUUCCAGCAAGCUGCUCAUUGGCUUCGAGACUGGUCUGAUGGUGUUGUGGGACCUGAAGACAAAGAAACCCGAAUGCCGCUGGCAAUGGGGCGACUCGCUCAAGUCUAUAGAUUGGCAUUUCGAAGGAAAACAGUUUACGUGCAGUCACAACGAUGGCAGUCUAACCACGUGGAAUGUCAAGCCGUCAACAAAACCUGCAAAUAUAAUUUAUCCUCACGCAAAAAACAAAACGGAAUCAUGCAAGCCUAUUCAAAAAGUCGAGUGGAAAUCAUCGAAAUCCGGCGAAUCGUAUUUGAUAUUUUCCGGAGGGUUGACCGCCGAUACUGCUGGCCGCGUGCCCAGCAUAACGAUCAUGCACGGGAAAACGACUACCGUUCUCGAAAUGGACCACAACAUCGUCGACUUCGUUACGCUGUGCGAAAGUCCUUACAACAGCGACGUCCAAGAACCGUACGCCGUAGCGGUGCUCAUGCAAAACGACCUGGUGCUGAUCGACCUGCUCAGCUCGGGAUAUCCGUGUUUCGAGAACCCACACCCGAUGGACAUUCACGAGUCACCCGUGUCAUGCGUGCAUUACAUCGCCGAUUGCCCGUCAGACUUAAUACCGGCAUUCUAUUCGGUCGGUUCGAGGUCCGCAUCGAAGAGGACCGGCUACAGCGAGAACAAGUGGCCCAUCGCCGGCGGUGAGUGGAGCCCGACGUCCUGCAGCUACAACGAGAUCAUUCUCACCGGGCACACGGACGGCAGCGUACGGUUUUGGGACGCAAGUGCCGGCAGUCUACAAGUGCUGUAUAAACUGAAAACCGCCAAGGUGUUCGAAAAGGCCAGGUCAAAAUCACCGGAAGGCGGUGAUGAAGAUCAAUUUUCCGUGCAACUGUUGUCGUUCUGUCCGGAGAGCAGGAAAUUAGCCGUUGCCGGCAUCUCGUCGUACGUCGUGCUAUUCAAAUUCCGCAAACUCGAGUCCACGUUCGAAACCACGACGCUCGAGAUACCGAUAUACUCGGAGAGCCUGGACGAGGCGGCCGAAAGCUCGCCGGAAGAAGCGCCGUCGAAACCGCCAGGCGCGUCCGACGAAAGCACCGCGCUGGUCAAGGUCCGGACAGGGCCCCAGAAGAAACCACCCGGCUUCCAGGCCUGUCUGGCGUGCGUGACGCCCUCCGCCAACGGCGAACCGCCCGGUCAGAUCACCGCGCUCACGAUUAAUUCAUCGUACGGACUGCUCGCCUACGGUCUGGACAACGGUAUUGUGAUAGUAGACUUUAUACAAAAAUGUGUUCUCCUAAACAUCAGCACUGCCGACAUGUACGGCAGUGCGGACCCGUACCAAAGGGCUCCCAGGUCGCCGAAACGAACAACCGCCUUGAGCGAGACCAGCGACGGCGAACGGUGCCGGUCCCCCAGUAUCGAUCAGGGCCUCGAAGACGAAGCCGAGGAACUGGAAGAACUCAGCAAACGCCUGAGCCCGGUGGGAGUGUACUCGACCCAGGUGUCGCCGAACCCCGCCAACCAGGAUUGGCUGGACGACGUGACCGAGCGGGCGGAAGAGGCGCUCGUCCUGAUCCCGGCCGCGGCGCCGGAACCAGGGGAACCGGGUGAACCGCCACCGCCGCAGGCCACAGCGGUGACCGCCGCGUCUUCGGAACCGGCCACCCCUGCGCCGGUCAAGGGCAACGGCCGCCGGACCAGUCACUCGUGGCGGGGCCUGAAGAAACAGCUGAGUCGCGUCGACCUGAGACUGAAGAACACGUUUAACGCGACACCCGCCAAGAACAAGGCGUCCACGUUCUACGGCACCGGCGAACAACCGGAAACCGACGAAGCCGGAAGCGUCGGUACGGCCUCCACCACCACCACCACCACCACGUCUGCCACCACAACGUUCACGACCACCACAGCCACGACCACUGCUACCACUAGCCGUCUACCUCAAAUCAUAACCGAAACCGAUGGCCAAGAGCAUCGGCUGGACGGCGGUGGCACUCAGUCGGCGGCCCGUGACCAGUCGUCCACCUCGGCCGCGGCCACCAGGCCCACGGAGCUCAAGCUGUUCGACCGCGACGGCAAGCCCAUUAAACCCCCGCGGUCAACCAAAGAGCACCGGAAACGGACGUCGCUGGACAAGCAGGGCAACCUGACCGCGGGGUCGUCGCGGGACGCCCGACUCUUGUCCGUGCCCAACAUCAAGUACAGCCAAAGGGACCCAAAACAUAACCGGUCGAACAACCAAGCGUUCAUCAACCUCAUUAAACGACUAAACAAGUUGGACAGCUCGUUCUCCAGAUCGCGGAGUUCUAGCAUGUCGAGCUUAGACAACAUCACCACGGAGUCGAUACAGUGUUUGACGUUCGGCGAUUCGUACACGAAGAAAUCCGAUCCGUCUAACUUCCCGACCCUCUGGAUAGGCACCAGCGUGGGAUCGGUGCUCACCAUAAUGAUCAAUCUACCACCCUCCGGAGAGCCCAGGACCACGCAGCCCGUAACCGUCGCUCCUUGUGGUACGAUAUUCAGACUGAAGGGCGGAGUGCUUACCAUGUCGUUCCUGGACUGCAACGGCGCAUUGAUACCCUACGCGUACGAAGCGUGGAGAGACGAGGGCCGAGACAAACAAAAAACGCCGACCAAAAACUCGAGCGGGCUGAACCGCAUGUCGCCGGCGCUGACGGGGAGCUCGGAGAGCGUGUCCAGCAACCCCGGCGGUGGCGGCGGCGUCGGCGGUUCGGGUGUCGCGCAGCUCCAGCAACAGUCGCAGGUGUCGUGCGACCGGCAGUUCGUGACCAUCGUCAGCGAGAAACAGGUCAGGGUGGUGGCCCUGCCGUCGCAGAACUGCGUCUCCAAACAUGUGAUACCCGACGCCGACUUCAUGGUCAAAUCCGAAGUCAUAUCCAUGAAAGAUAGCGUAUGCCUGGCGUGUUACAUAUCCAACGGACACAUAAACAUCUACAGCCUGCCGAGUCUCAAGGUGCUGGUGGACGUCGACUUCCUGGCGCUCUCCGAUCUGAGUUUUCAGACCCAGAAACAGGGCAUAGUUGACCCAAUGUUAUCCAUAUGGGGCCAACAGAUGUUUGUCAAUGAAGACACUGACCAAAUUGCCAAGACGUUUUGCUUCAGUAAUCGGGGACAUGGACUGUUUUUGAACACGCCGUCAGAGGUGCAGAGAUUUUCCGUAUCCACCGAAUUCUGCCAAAGUCUACCGGAAAUGAUGGGUGAACUGUUCCAACCGCACGAGAUGCCCGAACCGCCUAAGCAAAGUUUCUUCAUAGGACUCUUUGGAGGUGGCUCUAGAUCCAUCGACCGUGAAGAACUGUUCGGUGAGUCCACCAGCGGUAAAGCACCGAAACUCGUGGCCAAACUCGUACCCGGCCCGUCGGCCCAACUGGACGCGCUGGGAAACCGGGCGAGCACGGCGGCCAGCGAGAUAUCGAGAGCCCAUCUAUUGGCGGUGGAACGUGGCGAGAAGCUCAGCAACCUGGAGGACCGCACCGCCAGGAUGAUGAACGAAGCCGAACAGUUUUCCUCCAACGCCCGAGAGCUGAUGAUGAAGAACAGGGACAAACGAUGGUAUCAACUGUAGACCCACCGAUUUCGUUUUGUUUCUCUCUCUCUCUCUCUCUCUCUCUUCCUCAGUAUAUAUAUAUUCUCUCCCCGCCCUUUCUCUAUCUCUCUUUUGUUCUCUCUAUAAUAUAUAAUAUCUAUAUUUACACAAAUAUACACAAACGCAUUAAACAAAAAAAAAAGUCACCCACACACAAAAAAAAUCGUACUUAAGGAUCUUCCAAAUAAAUUUUCUCUGUUAACAGAUUUCGCUUUAAAAAUAAAAUAAAUAAAAAAAAAACAAUUUCGCUGGAUAUUCUCAUAAAAUAAUCUUGUUGCCAUCUAAGUAAACGUAAUGUUAGACAUUAAUUUAAUAUUGACGUGGUUAAACAUAGUCUAAUAUAUUACCUAUAUUUAUAGGUAUGUACAUAUAUAUAUUAUAUUACAUUAUACAAUUCAUCGAUUAAAUAUUAUUUGCGAUUUUAGUCGACCGCGAGAACAUAAUAAUAUUAUUAUGUCGACACGCUGGCAUAAUAAUAAUAAUAUUAUACCAUCCCAUUAAUAUAAUAGUAUUACGUCGAGGAACACAACAAUCGUCGCACGUAACCUGUUUAUUCGCUUAGUGCGUUAAUUUCGACCGGAAUAUUAUACCACUCGUUGAUAAUAUUAUGUGUAUAUGUAUAUAUGAGUGCGAGUACAUAUACAUUAUAUAAAUUGUGUAAUUAUUAUUUUAAGGAUAAUAAUAAUAUAUAUUAUCUACUCAUUAGUCAUUUGAUUGCAUAUUUAUAUUGUAUUACUCUUAAUAUAAGAUUAAAUCAACAUAAAAUAAAACGGGCUGUGGUUGUAGUAAUAUAAGUAAGGUGUAUUUAAGUCAUAAAUAUAUUAAAAUUAUAGUUUCUUUAUACAUAUAUUUAUACAAUAUAUAUAGAGAGAUAAUAAUUCGCGGUUCUUACCAUAUGUGCUUAUAAGUUUAUAACGAUCAUGAGUAAGGAAAAUCAAAACUAAACAAAAAAAAAUCUCAAUAGGUACUUAGAUUCAAUGCCCGUCGGAUGUGUUUUUAUAAGAGCAUACCUAUCCUAUGAUAGGUUACUCGAAAAUCGUACAAUUACCAUCCUGUGUGUGUGUGUGGCAGACCGUUUGUAAUUAUUAUGAAGCGAUUUGUGCCUUAAAAGUAAGAUACUAUAUUAUAUAUAUAUAUAUGUAUUUAGUCUACGGUGUAAUAAACUGUUUCUAGGGGCUAUUAAAAUUAUAUUGUAGUGUAAAUUGUUGUAUUAAUAUUUUCUUUGAUAUAUUUAUAAUCGAACAGGAUUUAAAUAGGUACAUUAUAGAUAAAUGUAAUAAUCGAUCUAAUGCAAAUAAGGGAAUCAUGUUGUGUUUUCUGUUUUAACGAUAUUACAGCCCUCUGAAAUUCAAACACGAUAAUACGAUAGAAUAUUAAGUAAUAUCAUUAAGAGCGUGAGAGCGUGAGAAAAAAUAAUAAUCUCUCCUAGUCUGAAUGAAUGCUGCUUUACCUCAACGAAAGUCUUUACCCUAAAAAUCGUUUUCCCAUAAUAUUAUAAAGUCUAGUCAAAUAACAUAAACGCCGCGUAACUGUAUCGAGAACGAGUGCAUAUAAUAUUAUAUACGACCAAGUCAUACAGAAUUCGUUUGGGGAUCAAUACGUUUUAGCUUAUAUAAUAUACAUAUUAUAUAUUUAUAUCUAUUUAUUAUUAUAAUAAUUAUAAUUAUUACACUUGUAGCUGUUAUAUUUUUUUCCAAAAUAUUUUCUCAUUUCGUAAAUGUUUUUCUAUAGAUUAUAAAAUACAAUUAUAUUAAUAUAAUGUAAGUAAAAUAAUAUUAGUUUUAAUUUAAGAAUAUUUAUUGAUAACUACACUUAUGUGACGAUAAUUUUACAUUUCCCUGUACAUAUAUAACGAUGAUUAUAUUUAUGUGUACGGUAUGUGCAACAAAUAUGGUUCUUGAUGGUUCUCGUCUCGGGUCUGUCGUGGUUUUCUUCAUCAUCAUUGUGCACGACAAGAAUACAAAAAUAUUUUCCGGCGGUGAAUUGCGCGUUAUUUCGUUUUUUUUUGUCAAAUACAAUAUUAUUGUACGUAUCAUAUAUUUAUUUUCAUAUGUAUGGCCGAAAAUUUUAAAUCAACUCGUCUUAACCGUUACGUAAUAACAACGUAUACCACCUUACCUAUAUCGUAUUAUAUUUACUCCCACACGGCACAUUAUACACGAUUAAAAAAACAUUAUUAUUUUUUUCCCGACAUAAUGCAAUUUCCACGCCCGUGCACCAUAAAACACACGCGCACAUUACACCCGAACAAUUUUCCGCCAUAAUAGAACCGCCUGUCAAUGUUUUAAUUUCUUGUGCGUAAGUAAUUUUUCCGACGAGUAAUUUUUCACGAUUCGCUCGCGCGACCCUUUCCUACUCUCCGGCUCGACGACGCCACCACCGGUGCCGGCAUCUACAGCAACUAUGCCGGGAUAGGAAAAUCGUUAUUGAUGGAAAUUUGGCCCCGCAUGACCCGAACGAGAUGCAACAGACAAGCCAUAAAUUACCUACCGGAAAAAAAAAAUAAUAAUAAGAAUGUGAUAUGAAAAAAAAAAAUUAUAUAUAUAUAUAUAUAUACAAAAUCCACUGGUUAAAAAUUGUUCUGUUGACACUUAUUGUUUUUGUUUUGUUUUUUUUUAUUUAUCAUUUUAAAAUAUAAUAUAUAUGCGCAUGCAUGUAUAUAUAAUACUUAUUUACUGAAGAUCGAUUAUUAGACAUAAUAUUAUAUUAUGUAUUUACAUAUAUAUAUGUAUAUGUGUGUGUGUAUGUGUAUGUGUAUGUAUAAAUUACAUUUAAGGUAUUAACCAGAUUUUUUUUUUCACGAUUUACAUAGAUUUUAACGUUGUACGCCAAAAGGCAGAUAGGCGUACCUACAUUUUCAUCAUUUUGCACCACGCCUGGGAAAUAUAUACCGUCGUCUUAUGUUUACAUAACUCGUAAAUCGGAGUAAUAUUUUACUCAGAGAGCUCGCGUAUACUUAUUACAUGACUUGUACUUUGAACCAGAAAUCCCGUGUAUUGAAUACAAUAAUAUAGGUAUUUCGGUUUUUCGAAUAGUAUAACAAGUUAAACUGCAGCGCUUUCUUGAUUGAAAACUUAAAUUAAAAAGACAAUAAAAAAAAUGCGAGGGGAAAACGUAAAUAAAAACGUAAAUUUUAGAAUAUUUAAAAUAUAAGAAAAUAAUGAUUUAACUAUUAAUAUUAUUAUUCUCUAUAAUCCAGUCUUCCUAAAACUAGACAUAUUAUUGUAGGCUAACAAUUUGGGCAAUAUUUCCAUCCCCUCCAUCCUUCCCUUCCCCCCGUUUACAUUGCUAACACCAUCACUCGAAGCAACCGUAACCACAUAUGUUAUUUUAUACAAUGUACCUACGUUGUACAUGUAUGCGUUUGUUUUGUAUUAUAUAUAUAAUAUUAUACAUUAUUAUUAUUAUUAUUAUUUUUAUUAUUAUUAAUAUUAUUAUAUGUUUAUCUGUGAAACAAUAUUAAACGUUUAGGCAUGUUAUUGAUCUGAUUUUUGAGUAUUCGUAAUAAUAAUAUUACAUAGUUAAAAAGAAAAAAGUUUAAAAAUAUUUUAAAAAUUACUCGCGUACUUCAAAACACUUAAAUAACGGUUAUGUACAUAAUCGAUACCUUUAUAUAUCUUAUAUAAUAUAUUAUAUAUAUAAUUAUAUUGUAUAAGGUAUGUUGAAUGUUUAUUAUUAUUACAAUUUUUUGUAGUCUAUUGCGCGAAAUUAAAAUAAUGAAUAUAGCUCCGCGUUAUUUUAUUUUCAACCAAAAAAAUAAUAUACCAAAUAAUAUUACAGUGAUAUAUAUUAUAUAAAUACAUGUUAUACAUUAAGGAUAAUCGUCAGACGGUCCCAAUAAUAGACGUAGAGAUGAGGCGUCUGUGUAGGAUUUAUAUUUUAAAUAAAUGUAAAAACAAAAAAAAAUAUAUAAUAAUAAUAAAUUACUAUACAAACGUUGGACUUUAUUACAAUUUAUUACGAUACGAUAGAUAAUAUGGAAAAUCAAAAGAAAAUAUGGCAUUUGUGUUAUGUAUAAAAAAAACAUAAAAGCGAGUUAUAGCUGAUGGUACCCGUCAUAAUAUAAAAAAUAAUAAAUACUUGUAUUUGAUUAGUAUGUAUGUAUGAUAAUAAUUAUUAAAAUGUUAUAGCUUCUAAAUGUUUAUGUUUAUUUUUUUUUUUUAAGAAUGUAAUUGAAUUUUUUUAAGUAUAAAUAUCAAUUUCGUUUGCUAACAAUAUUAUAUUAUUGUAAUGUUAGUAUUAGGUAAAAACCUAAUAUAAUUUUAUCGACUACCGUUAAAACAUUCUAUUGUUUGUAUAAUAAAAAUGCAAAACUAUUAUUUUAAAA